AUGACUGAUAGGCAUGUGGUAAACAAGUGCCUGAACAGAAAACUAGAGGAUAUUAGACAAGAAGCUUUGCCAAAGGUAGUGAAAGAUUGGGACAAGAAGUCUCCCGAAGAAAAGGAUGCGAUGAAGAAUAUGUGGAACCACUUCUGUAGCAUGCAUUUCAUAGUUGGCUUGGCUACAUCGGCAGAAGCAGGACUGAAAACAUUUGAGAAUGCAUGCACGUGCACAGAUCACAGUUCCUCAGGUGCCACAGGGGCAGAGACGUUCUUCCCAUCACAAGGAGAAUCAGGAGCACAUAGGCUAGUUAGAGCCGUCUGCAAGGCAUUUUCGCAUACUGGAGCCUGUGAGAAGUCGGGACACCCCAAAGAAUUUGAGGCCUUCUUGCAGUCCUGUGUCCCUGCCAAGGUCAACAAACUGAUCUCCUUCAGAGGAGAGAGAUUCAAUGUUCUAUUCAAAAAUGGUGGGGCAACAUACCACCAUAAAGACGACUUGUUAGCAUACCUCGACACGUGCGAGGCACCUAACAGACUCCUACAGGCUGUUCGAGCAGACCUCAGUGUUCCUGUGUAUGUAGCAGGCUGCUGUGCACUGGGUAUCAUCAAUAAGAUUGUAACAGCUCCUCUCUGGAGAUUGGUAGAAUCUGAGAGCAGCAUACUGGACAUGUGUCAACAUUUCCACCAGUUACACAUCAGCUUCAGUUCUUUCAUAAAGGAUCCAAGCUCACUGAUGGAGGGGGAAGCAAUAUUCCCUUCAGUGCAGGGAGAGGAUGAUGAUGUUUACAAGUCACUGUUCUCGCAUGAUGAUCCUGAAAUCAAAAGGCUGACUUGUCAGGCACUGAAGAAUAUCAUGACUGAGUUUGUUGUCGUUACCGAGAGAAUGCUGAAAGACUACCUUCCAGGGGGAAUCUUCCACAACCCAACAGAAGCACAGAGAGAGGAGAUGGCUACAUGUCCCACAAACAACACUGGUCUGGAGCGAACAUUCGCGCAUUUGGACCGGGACGUCAGGUUUUCACCAAAUGCUACGACCCUGACAAGAGAAAGCAAGAUAAUGUUCCGCUUAAACAGAACAGGACAGUACCUGGACACCAUACCCAUGGAAGAGAAACAUACCGUCUUUAAGGAAGCAAGGAAGGCUGCACGUACAGACAGGAAGCUUCACCAAGAGGAGCAGAAGCAGCUGAAGCAGCAUCGUCAGGAGUUGUUGCAUGCAAGGAUACAAAAAAAGACACUGAAAAAGGCUGUCAAGGAAGCAGCACUUGAGGCAUUGAAAAGUACUGUAAAACAGCUCGGGCUAUGGGACUCAGCAGAACAGAUAGAGGCUGGGCUGUUGAAACUUGUCACCAAAAAGUCUAGGAUGCUGGCACUGAAACAACAGAUUAAGUUCAGGAAGGAAGUGCUUGGUGACCGUGUUCAUAACAAGUCCUUGUUUCAGUUUUCAAAGGGGGGAAAGGCGCUUAAGGAGAAUGACUUAAAACAGAACUUACUGAUACUAGUCAGAAAGUGAGUUAGUAUCUGAGUCUCCUGUGAGGAACUUGUACCAAUUAGACAUUCAUAAUAUUUGUUAACACGGCCAAUACUAGUUUGAUGCUCAAGUACAUCUUGCAGGCAAUUUAUUAAUAUCAUCUGAAUUGAAAUGCACAUAUGACAAUAAGGUAUUAAAAAGCCUUAGCAGGUAAAAUAUAGGACUCUAGUUAUUAAUUAGCAUAUUUGUUAAUUGCAAUUGGAUAUUAAAAGUUAUUUAAAGCUGCAGUUACAUUUAUACACCUUGUUCAAGUAAGCCAGGUACAUCAUUGAGUUGCAUUACUAACAGCCAAUGUAUGUGGCUAUCAUUAACAAUGUAUACAUUUCAUUACAUCUGACUCAUUAGCAUAUUGCUAAUUAGCAUAUCUUUAAUAUGUUAAUAUAAUUCAAUAAUAAGUUGAUAUAUAUAUACAUUUUCCUGUUGUAAUGGGAUAUACUUAGGUCAACAUGCAAGCAGGUUAACACUUGAAAUGUAUGUUAGGAACAGAUACAUUGGAUGUAGACAGUAUAAUACAAAUCAUACAAAAAUUGGAAAAUAUUCGAGAAUAAUUAAGCUCAUUUGCAUAUUUUGCAAUUAGGGAAGACAUUGCAAAAAAAUUCAUAUUCUUUAAUGUGAAUUUAACCGGAAUGUAGGAUUCAGAAAGUUGCCACUGCAAGCCCCUUCUACAAUUUGUAGCAUACUUAGAAAAGCAGCUCACUCAUUGGUUGAAUGACACUAUUGUGCAUGAGUAAUUAGUUCGGGCUAAUGUGCAUAAGGUAAUUAGCAUAUUGUUGAUUGAAAUAAUUGUUAGUUAAUUAAGAAUAUGAAUAUUACAGUUUGUUCAAAUGUCAACAGGUUACUUUGACAUUUUAUUAGACAUUAUACAAAGAAAAGUGACAUGUAUCCUGAUAUGUAUAUCAUAUGUUGGUAAUUAGGCUUAUUUGCAUAUUUUGGUAUUAAUCAUCCUCAAUAAUAUGCUUUAUUUACUUCUAAAGGGAAUUUAGGACCACAAAAUGCCUUUCUAGUAUAGAGUUCUGUUCACAAUUUGUAGCUUUUGUCACAAUUUGUAGGAAUCUCGUUACCCAUAAAAAUGAUGUAAUUAUGGCUAGAUGUAAUAAUUAGCCUAAUUAGCAAAAAUGUGUAAACUUUCGUAUGUAAAAAGAUGAAAUUAAAGACCUUUGUGGCAAAUUGUUUGAUCCUAAUAUGCUGAAAAUUUGAAGAUUGUAGCAUGAAAAGUUUAAGAGUUACAAUAAAAUGUAUGUCAAAUAUUGUUGAUUUAUGGUCUCAUUUGGUGCCAUGACUAAUUAGCUUAUUCCCAUAGGACCAAUAGUUAAGCAUCUUCCAAUGAAAACGUCAAAAUCGUAAACUUUAAAAAAUUCUAAAAAAUCUCAACUUUGUCCAAUUUUUAUGCGAAAGGAAGCAUUCUGACCGGAAAAAUCUACUCUAUAACAUGGAAUUAUUUUUAAUAAUCCUUGGCGCCCCCCUAUUUUUAGUGUGACA